AUCAUUAAUCUGUGCUCAGUACGUUUCCAGAAAAUGGUCGGAUUGUGUGUCGAUGUCUGACACGUACUUCGCAAAAAAUCGUAAAUAAUCUCAAUAAAGUUUAUCAUGCUGUAGUGACUGAUUUCUAAUUAUCAAUAACACAAAACCAAAACAGUAAAAAUGGAGUUUCGCGAAACAUUAUUAGCUGCCCAACGAAAUCAACAACAGAAGUCAUCUGAAAGUUAUUAUUACAAAGCACGGUUUGAUCCUCCUAAAAAGGAACAAAAGGUAAAAGAUAAACUUUCAGCAAACAUACAAAAGUUUCUGGCAAAAAAAGAAGAGGAAGAGAAACAAAAACAGUUGGAGGCUCAAAGGAAGCGCGAGGAGCUGAUUGCUAUGCGUGAUCCAAAAGCAUUACGGAAGAUUCAAAAGACUCUUAAAGUAAUUAAGUCUGCCAAUAAGUCUGUAUUAGAAGAUGCAGUUGAUAGAAAUGAUACUGCUGUCACUCGGGAUGGACCUGAGCAACCUGAUCAAGAUGAUUAUGGUUAUGUGUCUCAGGAGGCGACUGCUCUAUAUGAGAAAAUGAUGGAGAAAUACAGUAAAAUACCUGAUGAACCAAAAUUUUCUACAAAAAUGAAUUCAGUAAGCAAAGAUCUCAAUGGCACAAGGGAAAGAGUCAAAAAUGCUUUGCAACAUGAAGAUGAGCCAGUGCCACAUAAAAGGAGGCGCAGGGGUGAUAAUGAUAAAGAACUAAGUCCGCCACCAAAAUACGAACCAGAAAAGAAAAAAGAUGACAAAACGGACAAGCCAAAAAUAAGAAAACCAGCCCCUCCACCAAUGGACUUCAAUCAACUACUCAAACUUGCUGAGAAGAAGAAAAGUGAACCAAUAGAUGUAAUUGCAAAAAAACAAACAGCUGAGCCGGAACCUGACCGCUUAAUGACUAAGAAGCAGAAGAAAGAUUAUGAAGAUGAAAUGGCUCGACGUCAGCGUCGGCAGGAGCGGAUUGAAGCAGAGAAAGGAGCGACGCGGAAAGCCCCAAGAGAUGAGAAGCCUGUGGAAAGAGAAAAGAAAUUGGAUCCCAGUGGUAUCGGCCGUAUACCAAAGCUUAGUGACAAAAACUCUGCUAAUCAUAAAAAUGAAAACUCAAAACCAUUUGUAAAAGAAAAAGAACGAGGUCCAAGUGACAAGGAAAAGGCUGAAAGACUUCAACGGGAGAAAGAAAGAGCUAGAUUAGAAAAACAUAAAGCAGAAAGAGAAAAAGAGAGACUAGAUAGGGAAAGAUUAGAAAAAUUAAAAGCUGAGAGAGAGAAAAUAGAUAGGGAUAUUGAGCGACUCAAUAGAGAUAGGGACAGAUUAGAAAAAACUAAAUCGAAACUGGAAAGCAAAAGUUCAACUGAAAGGUUGAGCAAGCCUGUGAAUAGUUCAGUGGAUAGAUCGAAGUUAAAUGCUAGAGAGCAACCGCCUAAGCAAGAAGUGAAGAAAAGUAUAGAUUUAAAGAGCCAAAACACAUAUCGGAUAGAUAAAAAUCAAACAGAGAAGAAGAUUUCAAUUCCAAGUAAAAGUGGUGAUACAAGACAGAGCAACGGUUACGGCCCACAAGGAAAACCUGCGCUUAAGACAAAUAAAGAGAUGCCACAACGGAACGAUAGGGAUAAAGUUUUACAAGCUAAACAAAAGAUGCUCAGUAAUGUACCAAGCAAAAGUAAUGGGCACGUAAGGCCCGAUGGUGCCAAACGCUUGCCAGAGACUGGCAGAGAAAUGCCGGUUAAAAGGCCAGAGGAUAAGAAACCAGUGCCAAAUUCAAAAUCGUCUGCGGGACCGAGUAAGCCAAGUAUUGGGAACAGUUUUGACUUUGAUAAACAUGUUAAUUCCAUUGGUAAAAACGGCGGGCGACAGUUCCCGCCCGGCGACGUCCGGAGAAAACCUCGCCCUGAUGAUUUAAAACGAAAGAAACGUCGUACGGUGGACUCGGAAUCGGACUACGACUCAGAAAUGGAUGAUUUUAUCGAUGAUGGAGACGAGAACAUAGAUUAUUCUACGCACAUCAAGGAGAUAUUUGGUUACGACAAAUCUAAGUACCGAUACAUGGACGACGACGAUGAUCCAAUGAUGGAAUCUAGUUUUGCCAGACAACAACGUGAAGAGUACAUUAGUAAGAAAAUUGGUAUCAUGGAAGAUUUGGAGGACAUGCGUAUGGAAGCAAUGGAGAAAAAGAAAUCGAAGAAGAGACGAAUUAGUGACGACUGAACGUAACUAAAAUAUGCAUGAACCGGACCAAGAUUGUAAUAAUAAUUUGCUUAUGUAUUGUAAAGUCGUACAUAGUGAAACUGCCCGCGAGUGAAUGGUCGAAGCCAAAAUGUGAUUUUAUUGUAUGAAUAAGAGUUUAUUACAUAAUUAUAUAUACGCUGACUUAACACAACUUAACUGUACAGAUAACUAUUUUGUUAAUUUAAGGGUAUCUUGGUUAAAUAUAAGAUGCAGGCCAUACAUAUAGAACCUAUAGAUGAAGUCGAUUUUCGAAAUAACAUUUUGUUUUGUAAAUAUAAACACAGAUAAUUUAUCUCAACAAAAGGCUUCCGAAACUCUAGAAGCAAUUUCCCCUCACUUUAGUGUUCCAGAUUAGGAAUCUAUAGGUUAUAUGUGUAUGCAUUCAGCCUUUUGUUUAACUACUGUCGGGGAUUUUGUACUUUAAUGUUGUAAUUUUCUCCUUUCUAAAGCAAUAGAUUAAGGAUGAUUAUUUCAUUGCAUUGUAUGAUAGUGAACUGUGAAUUAAAAACACAGUGUGUAUCAUAAUAUAGAUAUGUUAAUAUUCAAUUUUCUAUCUGUAUAGGAAUAAUUUUCCAAACAAUUUGAUGUAAUGUUUGAUGCUAAACCGAUAACAAAAACUCACUUUAUCAAUUUAAUAUAAUAUAGUACAUAUAAAUAAUAAACAACAGAUACAUAAUUUAACUCUUAAAUAGCCACUAUAUUAUUGCACAAGACAAGGGAUUUCUGGUAAAAUAGUCAUUGGUUUAUCAACUAUCUAAAACAAAUUUUGUCUUUAUUGUUUUUAGAUUUUAAAUUUUGUAAGAUUAUCUCCUGACAUGUUUUUGGAUCUUAAUGAUUGUAAAAGUAAAUUAUUACGCUCGCCACGACUAUGGUAAAAAAAUUGAAUGGGCGCUUUUUUAUAUUUUGCAAUUGUUUCUUUAAUUAUUUUGCUAUUUGGAAUGUAUUGUAUUUGUGUGCUUCAAAAUAUAUUACAAAUGUUUGUUAUAUUGUCCUUGUUAAAAUUUUAUCAGUUUUA